AUGUCAUUCACAGGCACUCUAGACAAAUGCAAGGCUUGCGAUAAGACUGUUUAUUUCGUUGAUCUCUUAUCGGCCGAUGGAGUUACUUAUCACAAAUCUUGCUUCAAAUGCAGCCAUUGCAAAGGAACUCUAGUCAUGAGCAAUUACUCUUCUAUGGAUGGAGUCCUCUAUUGCAAGACUCAUUUUGAGCAACUCUUUAAAGAAUCUGGCAAUUUCAGCAAGAAUUUUCAAUCAAGCGGAAGGGAGAAUUCAAUUACCAAGGCACCAACUAAGGUGUCAUGCAUGUUCUCUGGGACACAGGAUAAGUGUCCAACUUGUAACAAGACUGUUUAUCCACUGGAAAAGGUAACAAUGGAAGGGGAAUCAUACCAUAAAUCAUGCUUCAAAUGUGCCCAUGGAGGUUGCCCUCUUACAGCCUCCUCUUAUGCAGCUCUUAAUGGAGUUCUCUACUGCAAGCAUCAUUUUGCCCAGCUAUUCCUAGAGAAAGGAAGUUACAAUCAUGUCCUUGAGGCUACAACUCAUCGCAAGACCGGUAGUGCAACACCCGAUGUUAUGGAAGAACAGGAACUCAUUGAACCGGCCGACAAAGAGAAAGAAGACGGAGGAGGAGACCAUGAAGAGGCGAAGGAUAAUGAUCAAGAUGAAGAACAAUCGAAGGAUUAGUG